CAGACUUUUAACGUCUCAUAAAAUGCAGCAACUUUUAACAUCUUGCGGCCGAGCAGUGGGAAAUCGGGCAACAGAACCACGAGUGUCUCCUCAAAACCUUUACCAUGAAGAAAGCAUUAAAGAGAUACAUCUUAAAAAAGUGAAGACUAAAUCUGUAGCAAAGCCCAUUCUUCAAAGUUUACGUGAAAGUUUAGAAUAUUUAAAAAAACCAGCUACAACAAGCAAUAGAACUAAAGCUCAAACCAUUAACGUCAAUAUUAAUCAAAAUUUUAACACUGGUGUAGGUGGAAGUAGCAUUUUUGAAUGCAUCAGCAAAUUAUGCCAAAGUAGUCGAUGUCGUAAUCCUGCUAAGAAAUCAGCUUCCUUUACAUUUUCUAUACGUCCAGAAAUUUCAAUGAAAUUUAAUCAAAAGUAUUCGAGCCUUGAAGCAACUGAAUUUAACAGUUAUUCAUGCGGGUCUGUAAAACAAUCCGUUCAGCGUUCUGUAUCAACAAGUGCUCUUGCAAUGCCAACUACUAAUUUUGCUGAUUCACCUUCUUCAUCUUCUGCAUGCGUCAUUCAACUUCAACCAGAUUAUUCGCGCGUCAGGGAUAGUUUAGCACCACCAAUUCCAAAAUCUCAAUUAGCUACGAUAACGUCUUCUACUCAGUUAAUAACCACUAAACCAGAUGAUAUAUAUACAGAAAUUUGUGAAAACCAAUUACCUGUAUUACUACAUCCAAGUGGCCAUAUUAUGGCUCGAAUAAAAAUACUUGUUGAAGACAAUCAGCAUUGUGAUAGGAGUUAUCAACAAGACUAUGAUCGAUUAGAACACAGAGAAAUUGAUCGAAAGUAUGUUAAUUCUAUUUUCGUGGGACGCAAACAAAAUUAGAAUAAUUAUCAGUUACAAAAUGAUAGUUAUUCUUGCAUAAUUU